AUGUCAUCCGAGCUUGAAUUAUUGAAACAGCACAUCACUGAACUUGAGGCUGAGAAUGCUGAGAGAGUUGAACUUAAACGCAGGAUUGCCGAGACUCUAAGAAUGACAGAGGAAGAGAGAACGAGGCGUGAUGCUGAAAAUGUCAAACUCAAGGCCACAAUCGAGGAAUCAGGUGCCGACGAUACUUCAUUACCCAAAGACAAGGAAACGGACGCUUUCUUGAAUGAGGUGCACAAGAAAAAGGUUAGUAAUGAGAUUAGACAGAGAAAUCGGGAGCGCAAAGCCGAAAGAAAGAAACUUCAAAUCCAAGAGUCUCUUCCAAUACAUCCCGAAGAGAAAAUGUCUCAAGAUCUCAACUCGGCUACUCACCCAUGCAAUAGCGCGUCAUCGGAAGAAAAGAUAUGUAGCGAACUGGAUUCAAACAUCGACGAGGCAUCGCAACAUCUAGCUCUGUUAUGUGAUAAAGCUUUCGAUGCUGAAGAUGGUGCAAAUCGUGCAAAUCAAGAAGAAAUAUUAUGUUGGUGUCUUUAUGCGAAGGAUUUCAGAAGUCAGCUCAAUGGAAUUAUAGAAAAUAGUGAUGAGAUUAUAGAGGAACAAGGCGACUCACCAGCAAACGCUUCCCAGGACAUAUCUUCGGAAAAGAUUCCGGAGGUUUUGCAUUCAGUAUCAAAUCAUAAUUCUUCUGGCGAAAAAUCAGGACUCCCGAUUUCUAUUUUACCUGAUGAUCCAGAAGAGAAACGAAGACAUAUAAUUGGGUUGGUGUUAGAGUGUUUUCCUUCUCUAUCUUUAAGCGAUAGUAGUGAACGUG